UCGAUACAUCUCGAAGUCUCGCGCGGAUACGAGAUCGCCGCUCGACGCCGACUCGGCCGCCCGCUCCUUCUCUCUUUCGCCCGCCAGAGCCGCAUCCGCGCGCACGCACGACGCAGCGCGACGCCGACGAAGAGGAGAGCCGACCGACGCGCGUGCAUUCGCAGUCCCGAGUGAAGUACGCAGAGCGCGCGCUCGCGGACGCCGCGCGAGCCGCGCCGAGAUAAUCCCUGACCGCUGCCGCGCCGGCGGUCUCGGAUAAGCCAUUUAUCCCGCCAGUUAUCUCGCGGCCCAGUUGUCCCCGCGGGGCGAGAAUCCACGCCGGAGCCGACGCCGAGAUGACGGAGCCGGAGAAUAUCUUUCUGUUCGUGCCGAAUAUCAUCGGUUUCGGCAGGGUGAUCCUGGCGCUGAUCUCCUUUUACUUCAUGCCCACGAACCAUGUCGUCGCGUCGUGGUGUUACGUGGUCAGCUCGCUGCUGGACGCGAUUGACGGCCACGCGGCCAGGUAUUACAACCAGAGCACCAAGUUCGGCGCGAUUCUGGACCAGCUGACGGACAGGAUCGGCACUAUGUGCCUCAUGGUCACGCUGUGUCUGUUCUAUCCCGCCUACACCUUCUGGUUUCAGCUGAGCAUGGCUAUCGACAUCGCCUGCCACUGGAUAUAUUUGCACACGACCCUGCUGCAAGGGAAGACCAGCCACAAGUUCAUCGACAUGUCCGAGAAUCCGAUCAUGAGGCUGUACUACACGAACCGGCUGGUGCUGUUCUUCAUGUGCGCCGGCAACGAGGCGUUCUACGCCGGUCUGUACCUGCUGCACUUCACCGAAGGACCGAUUUUCGCCGGUGUAGGUCUGUACAGGCUGAUCGUGUACCUGAGCGCCCCGGUGGCGCUCGUCAAGGCCGCCAUCUCGGUGCUGCACGGAUACGUGGCGUGCAUCAAUCUCAGCAUCAUCGACGUCAAGGAACGCCAGGAGCGGCUCAAAGUGAACUAAAUCACCCGCUCUCUGUCUUUCCCGUUCGACGCGUUAUCUGCUAGUCAAACUGAAUGUGAUCCACAAAUCUUCCUAUUCUAUACACGCCGGACACACGCAUGUUUACAUACUUCCAGACAUAUAUAUAUUUUUAAAAAGCGGGGGGAAUGUAUGUUUAAAGAUGCGUGGUCAAAAGACGUCUCUAUUUUAACUCUCGGUCGAUAUUCGAUGCAUACAUAAGCAGGGUCUAUCCAGACAAACUUGCAUAGCGCAUAAACGUAUGCAUAAAUAGACCAAUCGAUUUUUUUAUGCAUACGUUUAUACGCCUGUGCAAGUUUGUCCGAAUAGACCCUUGCCAUUCACUUGGGAUUAGUCUGAAGGCGAAUGGCCAAACUCCCCUACUCGUGUAUUAGAAUGUAUGUAAAGUAUAUUUUUUUCCUUUCGCGAGGAAGGAGUUUAUUUCCAAAGCACCUACGAAUAGCGACAAUGACCAGGAUACUUCGUUAACGUGGUAUCGGUUGCGGUCAAGCCGCCGCUACAAGUGCUUCCAAGUGUUUCUCCUCUUCUAUCUUUGCUGAAAGAAAGGCGAAGAAUACUUUGAAACAUUUGAGGCGACAGCUUAACCGUAGCUACCAUCGUAUAACUAGUAGGUUUGCUUCGUCAUUUCUUUCGCUUUACGUCGAUCCCUUCUGCGCGUCCGACAUUGUGGGCAGAUCAACGGGAGAAAAGUUGUGUGUGCGGUGGUGUAACUUUGAUACACUACCGCAGACAACUACAGUACGUACACGGACAUACGCCGCUGGAUCGCUGCCCAAAAUAAUGGCGGAACACCACGUGGUCGGGACCGAAAAGAUCAAAGGGCCGACAGAGAGUGAACGUACUAGUUGCACUACGGUAACAUAGUGUUAUGUUACACAGAACUG